CCCCCACAGUUGGAAUCCGCCUCUCGCGGUGAUCACUGCUUGAUCACUUGAUUACUCGAUCAUGACGCGAUCUUCGUCAGCUUGGAGCCCCGUUUGGCUCUGGGCACUCAUGGCAUUGCCGGCCACGUGCCUCGCCCAGUUUGCCUAUUCCUCGGCGGGCGGAGCAGUUGCCUCCGCCGGAGGGGUCACUGUGGUGGCCCAACUGCCCGGGCUUGGAGCCAUCAAUGGACUCAUCAAUGCCAUGCACAACAACAAUAACCGUAGGCAACAGCAGCAAUUUGAGCGGCUGCAGCAGGGCAGGCCCGGAAUGGGCCCAAAUCGAAGAGGACCUGGAUUCGGGCCACCCAACCGGCAGCAAGCUCCUCCUGGCUGGCCUCCAGGCUGGCAGUGGGGCAACCAAAACCAGCCAGGAUUUGGCUGGGACCAGCAGGGAUAUGGCCCCGACUGGAAUGGUGGAGGAGGAGGACAACGACCAGGUUGGAAUGGCGGAGGAGGAAUGGGACCGCCGCCGCCGAGGCCAGGAUGGAAUGGAGGCGGCGGAAUGGGUCCACGACCAGGCUGGAAUGGAGGAGGUGGAAGAGGACCACCACCGCCAAGGCCAGGCUGGAAUGGCGAAAGACCACCUCCACCACCGAGGCCAGAUUGGAAUGGACCUGGAUGGAACGGUGGCAUGAGACCAUCGACAGAAUGGGACGAAAAUCAACAGCAACCUUUUCCAGAUCAGCCAGAACCCAAUGUUUCCACUCCCAGAACUCCUGCCAUACCCAUGCCCGAUGUCCAAAGCACAACUCCUCGGACGGCAGAAACACAGCCCACCAUCCAGCCACGUCCUCCGCCCACGCAGCCCACCAAGGACACCCUUAUCGUAGGCACCAAUCGACCACCGCUGGUGCCGCACCAGAAUCCGGAUACACCCACCUAUCCAACUUGGCCAACUCCCCAGCCACUGCCAAAUCCAUUAGAUAAGUUGCCCGAGCAGGAUGCCAUCAUAUUCCCCAGUUCCAGCAGAUAUGUCCACCUGCCCAACCAGGAUGUUCCAUCGCAGCCCAUCGAUGUGCGACGGAGAUGAUUGCUGGGCAGGCAGGGAUUCCCCCGCCCACACUUGCUUAUUCCUACAGUCUAUUGUGCAAUUAACCCACUCAAGAUCGUCUUUGUGACGUUGCCCAAACAGGUUCUAAAAGCUCGUUGACGUAAAUUAGUAUUUUAAUAAAUUACACAUAAACAAAAAGAUGAAA